GUCCUCAUUCUUGGUUGUAUUGAAACGUUGAACUAGCUCACACAAGUUAUCGGCAUUGCAUGUUUUUGUGAAAAGAGAAUGUCUCGCGUGCUAAAUUGCAUUGUAGCUGUCUGUCCUAAUAUGGGUAUCGGAAAUAAAGGGAAUUUACCUUGGCACCCAAAAAGACUUAAUAAUGAAUUUAAAUAUUUCCAGAAGAUGACAAUGACGCCAUUUGUGGAAGGUAAACAAAAUGUUGUCAUCAUGGGGAGGAAGACCUGGUUCUCCAUUCCAGAGCGCAACCGGCCACUCAAGAAUCGGAUCAACAUUGUUCUCAGCAGAGAGCUCAAAGAGCCUCCUCCUGGGGCUCACCACCUGGCUUCAGACUUCAGCUCUGCACUCCGCCUGCUGGAUACGGCUGAAAUGGCAGAGCGGGUGGACCAGGUCUGGGUGAUUGGUGGCAGCUCUCUAUACAAGGAGAUGAUGGAGAGUGAGGGGAUCAGAAGGUUGUUUGUGACUAGGAUCCUACAGCAGUUUGAGAGUGACACGUUCCUGCCUGAAAUCAACCAAGAUAAAUAUCGCCUACUGCCAGAAUUUCCAGGAGUACCACGGGACGUACAGGAAGAGAGUGAGAUACAGUACCGGUUUGAAGUGUAUGAAAGUGUUGACCAUUGAGUUGUUACCACACACCCAGGAAGACACCCUGUGGUGUCAUCUGUCAUGUAAAUAAUUGCUGCUGCUGACUGAUGUAUUUUUUUUUAUCCAUUAUGAAUAAAUAGUGAUAUUUCACAGAAAUUAAACAUGGUCAUUUUGUG